AUGUCUUCCCUCACCAACCCUUAUGACGCACCUUUGACUUCCUACACCUAUCGGCCUUUCGAUAUUUCUCAGACCCUAAGUGAUGAUACCCAGAACGCCGGGUUAUAUACAAGCACACCAACAAAGUCGCGUUCGCCCUCUUUGUCGAACUCCAACCGCGUUAGCAAAGCCCUGAAAGGCAAAAGAGUGCACAUGUGCGAGCACCCUGGAUGCCCAAAGGUCUUUACCAGAGCCGAACAUCGGAGACGCCAUGAGCUCAGCCACCAAUCGAGGAAACAAUAUACUUGCGCCUAUCCCGGGUGUGGAAAGGCGUUCCACCGUUCGGACUACUUAAACCAACAUAUGUCGCGACACUCAUCCAUGUCGCCUAACCUUGGAAAAUCGGUCGCAAAAGGCAACAGAUCUCGCUCAACGAGUAUCCAGGAGAUGCAGUCACAACCAAUUCAUUCGCCUCCAAUGCCUUUCCAACUUGAGCCAAACGACUAUUCUCAAACAUGGGGAAGCAUGGAUUCGUCAAUGACUUAUGCCCAGUACUCACCGAGUCAGAGUCAGCGCAACUCUCCGGUAUCGUUUGACAGGCAUUCGUCUCCCGAUUCAUACACAAAUGAAAGAUUCAGCUCCCCUAUGUCGAACGAGUCAUACAACGACACUCCCAUUCAAUAUCCCGCCUCGGGCCUUCCUGUCGAGCUGGUCUCUAGCAUCGACAAUUACCUUCGCAGCAUUCUCAAGCCCGAGGUUUUUGCUUCUUCUCAUCCUCAAAUGGACCAUAGCAUGUGGAACGCAGAGAGUAUUGAGAUGGAUCCAGUUUUGACUAAGCCGGAGAAUCCUGAAUUUUCCUUGUAUUCUUGGCCUCCCGUGCACAGUCUAUCAUACGAUCACGCACUCAUGGAUCAUCAUCACUCUACUUGUCACUGA